ACCCCGAAAAUAAUAAUAAUAAAAAUAACAAUUGUUAUUGCCCCAAACAAAACAACUCCCGAAUUCCCCGCUAUUCUUGGAACUCUGUACUCUCCCCUCAAUUUUCUCUCCUUGGCUCAUAUUAAAGCUUGGCAAAUUUCUUCACACCGGUCGCCGAUCAUCAAUGCAUCAGCUCCUUCCACUCGAAUAUCCCUUCCCGAAUUGUACAUUGUCCUCGCUUCAACUCGAAUUGCAUAGCUAAGAGGUCCGCCAACGAUCGUUUCUCGAUUCGGUUUGCGUUUGAUCCUUCGCUCUCUCUGCAUCGCUUCUUCACGAGUGCAAUCAUUCCCACUUUUGAUUUGGUUCCGGAGAAAGGAACCACGGAGAUGAGAGGGAUUCCCCUGUUUCUUCCUGAUUUUUCCUCUGUUUUCAUUUUCCUUCGCCUUGCUGAAUUAAAAGCGAAAAAGAGCUUUCCUCCUGUUCCCUGCCUCUCUUCUAAUAUUCUGUUGAUUGUUUGGAAAUAGCCAUGUUAGAUUUACGCGUCGAUGCUAUCAUCUUAUUCUCUCCAAUGUUCCAUGGCUUCUCUUGAUCGUGAUAUUCCUGCUCGAUUGAUUCAGAUUCUAUUAAUUCAUUCCUGGACAUGGAUGUCCUGUCUUAAAUUUCUAUGUCGAGUACUAGCAACCCCUUGUCCGUUCAUUCCACUCGUCACGUCUGUUUCCCUCAGGCGUAUUUCUAUAUCAUGAUGCUUUAAGUAAUGUGUAUUAAUCUUUUCUACCGGCUUAAGAUACUGCCAUCCAAUGCAUCAGAAGCGUUUUAACAAUGCAAAGAUUGAAAACAUAACUCGAUGUGAACUUGGAACGUUGUCAGGUACAUGAUCUGACAGACUAUUUUGAUUUAUCGGCUUAGGUAAGUCUUUUCUACUGCUGAUGAAGAAGCAUGUGCGAAAUAGAUGCUCAACAAUUCAUCUCGAGAACAAUCACCCGGGAUGCAUGUGGGGCAUUCUUCACAUUCUCAAAUACCAUCAUUGGCACCAUGUCAAGAAACGGCUCCCAUACAGAAGGCAUGGACGUGGAAGAAACUCUGCCGCAGUACGAAAGCCUGGAAACAGCAAUCAGGCCAGAAAUUCCGAUGGAUCGCGGGAAGAAUAUGACACUGCUCAGGAAGAAAAUUCCCCGGUCCGUGAGAAGAAAACGAAGUUUGUUUCCACGAACAUGAAUUCUGUAAAAGCUCGAUUGAAGGCAUUUAUUGCCGAAGAGAGGUCCAGGAGGAAAGGGCAGCAUCACCGGAGUUCAACUUCCCCUGCUCACUUACAGUCAGUUCCCGCGGAUUCGUCUCAUCAGUCCAAAUCGGAGGAAAAGAAAUCUCAUGAUCAGACACAACUAAACGAUGGAAUAAGUCGAAGGAUUCUUCACCAGAAAAGCGGAAGCUUCAGUGCUCCCCCUUACAAACCGAGUGCAAAUUACAGAGUUGAAGAUCACUCGGAGAGUUCAAAUCGGCAGAACUUGCAGCAGGAAGGACUCUCAAUAGAUGUGCCCGUUUUCGCGGCUAAGGACUUUUCAGAUACUCCUGGUUUAGCCAAAAUAAAUGAGGAAUUAUUACAGAAAAUCUUGCACGACAAGAGGAAAUUUUUGCCCCAGAGGUUCCACAGUCAAAAGCAUUUCAGUACUAAGAUUGGUCUACAAAGAUCCGGGACUUUCCACGCACAUGAUUCAUCGGGAGCUUCCAGGGCCAGCAAUCUCCAGAGCAUAGAGGACAAUGCAAAAACCAAUAAGGGGCCGGGCUCAGAAGAUGUCCAGGAUCAUGAAGAGAGAGAUGGUAACUCUAAUAUUACGUUUACCCCGGUCCACCUUCCACAAUUGGAGGACCAAAGCGAAAACCCGGUGGCGACCAAACAGUUCAGGGAUAUGAAACAGAAGAUAAAGCACAUGAUAAGAACGAACCAGAAGGAGAAGCAAAGGAUCGUGAUGGACGGGGUCCUCGAUAAGAUCCCCUUCGAUCAGGGGCUUUCUAAGGAGAAAAAGGAGGAACUCAUUCAGAAGUGGAGGGACUGCGUGAUCAACAAAGAUUACCACAAGAUCUCUCGAAGCAAAGAAAACUACGAGCAUAGGAGGCGGCACUUCAAGAGGACAUCAUCCUUGGACAACUCGAUGGAUAAGUACAGUCGGCUGUUCGAGACGAGUUUCAACAGGGAAUCAAAAAACCACAUAUCAGAGAGGUUGAAGGUAGGGGAGCCAGAGGAGGCAGGUUCACAAGUUGAAAGAGAGAAGAAGUUGCUCGGCAGGAUUCUUUCUCUGCCUGAACUCAAAUCAUAUUCUUUCCCAAGUGAGGAUUCCUCUUCAGAUGCUGCUGCCUUGGAGGCUCCGAACAGGGCCGACUUGAGCAGAACCUCCAGCAGGGGAAGUAGCUUCGACAGUAGAAACUCCGAAGAUCUACAGAACCAGUUAGAUGAAUAUUUGGAAGGUGAUCAAACCCGGGAGAAGAACGCCAGGAAUGCCGAAUCAGCAGCUGUUGUGAAUUCCAGGGAGCUGGCAGAGAUCGGCCCACCAAGUAUUCAUUCGGAGCGUGAGGCGGACAUCGAUCCCACAGCAAAGUCCUCUGCAGGAGCUGUGGGGCCAAGUCCUGUCCAAAAACUCGAAGUCGAUUCUCAGGAGGUCACACCCUACUCACAAUUACAAGACCUGCAAAGACCAGAGCUCGACACACUAGAUUCUUCACCUAUCGAGCAGCAAGAUGAUCCCAGCAUUGACGAACCACUUGAGCCUGACCUCGAAACCGACCUUGAAGACACUGAACUCCAUGAAGAUGAACCACUGGAAGACUUCCUACGAAUCCAAGUCAAUGUAAAAGACAUAGAACUGUUCAACUACGUGAGGGAUGUCCUGGAGCUGUCGGGAUUGAACGGGCCCGAGGCACUGGAGGUGUGGCACUCUGAAGACCAGCCCCUAGAUCCCUCAGUGCUUGAGGAAAUUGAGGGAUGCCCGCUCAUGGACCUGGAAUGUUCAGGGAACGAAGAGAGCGAGGACUGUGAUCACCUGAUGCUGUUUGAUAUGAUCAACGAGGUCCUUGUUGAUAUCUACCAGCAAUCGGUCAGCUAUUGGCCAAUGCCACUGUCCAGGCAUUGUCACAUUCAUCGGAUGCCAGUGGGUCCUCAUCUUCUCAAGGAGGUGUGGACUAAUAUUGGCACCUACUUGGCCUACCGGCCUGAGCUCGACCUGACACUAGACCAUGCCUUUAGCUGGGACCUAGAGAAGCACGGUGGUUGGAUGAAUCUCCAGUUCGAGAGCGAGUGCACUGGGAUAGAACUCGAGGACUUGAUCUUUGAUGAUCUUUUGGAGGAACUAAUCUUGUAACUUUCAGUUUUGUAUCUUCAUUUUUCUCUUUUAUGUAGACACAUCGAAGAUAAACACUACUCAUAGAGAAUACUUUGUGUACAGAAUCAUGUGCAUCAACGGUGAAUGUACAUAUGGCGCAAAAAAGAAACGAGGAAUUAUCAGAAA